GCGGAAGGAUGAACGUAAAUGUCAAAGAUGGCGGCGGAGGGAGGAGGGAAGGAGAUGAACGAGAUCAAGAGUCAGUUCAGCACGCGGGAAGGCGCGUAUAAACUCCUCACGCACUCAGAGUACAGCAGACCAAACCUAGUGCCCUUCAACUCGCAGGGAUCGAACCCCGUCAGAGUCUCGUUCGUCAACGUCAACGAUCAGUCCGGGAACGGCGAGCGCAUCUGCUUCAAUGUGGGCCGGGAGCUCUACUUCUACAUCUAUAAAGGCGUCCGGAAGGCUGCUGAUCUGAGUAAGCCCAUAGACAAGAGGAUCUACAAGGGAACGCAGCCCACGUGUCACGACUUCAAUCACCUGACAGCGACGGCGGAGAGCGUGUCUCUGCUGGUGGGCUUCUCCGCCGGACAGGUGCAGCUCAUCGACCCCAUCAAGAAGGAGACCAGCAAACUCUUCAAUGAAGAGAGACUCAUAGAUAAAUCCCGGGUCACGUGUGUGAAGUGGGUCCCGGGCUCCGAGAGCCUGUUCCUCGUGGCUCACUCCAGCGGGAGCAUGUACCUGUAUAACGUGGAGCACACCUGCGGCACCACGGUGCCUCACUACCAGCUGCUGAAGCAGGGCGAGAACUACAGCGUUCACACCUGCAAGAGCAAGUCCACGCGCAACCCUCUGCUCAAGUGGACGGUGGGCGAGGGCGCGCUGAACGAGUUCUCCUUCUCGCCCGACGGGAAGUUCCUGGCCUGCGUGAGUCAGGACGGCUUCCUGCGGGUCUUCAACUUCGACGCGGUGGAGCUGCACGGCACCAUGAAGAGCUACUUCGGAGGCCUGCUGUGCGUCUGCUGGAGCCCUGACGGGAAGUACAUCGUGGCCGGCGGCGAGGACGACCUGGUGACCGUCUGGUGCUUCGCAGACUGCCGGGUGAUCGCCCGCGGACACGGACACAAGUCCUGGGUGAGCGUGGUGGCGUUUGACCACUACACCACCAGCGUGGAGGAGAGCGAGCCCAUGGAGUUCAGCGGCAGCGACGAGGACUUCCAGGAUCAAAUCCACUUCGGCCGAGACAGGGCCAACAGCACACAGUCACGUCUGUCCAAGCGCAACUCGACGGACAGCCGGCCGGUCAGCGUGACGUACCGCUUCGGCUCGGUGGGGCAGGACACUCAGCUGUGCCUGUGGGACCUGACGGAGGACAUCCUGUUCCCUCACCUGCCGCUGUCCCGGACGCGGACGCACACUAACGUGAUGAACGCCAGCAGCAGUGACGGCUCCAGCUCGCUCCCCGCGCCGCUGCCGCGCUCCAACAGUCUCCCGCACUCCGCCGCUAACAGCAAGAGCGCCGCCUCGGACAACCCCAUCGCCGCCGGCGUCAGCAAGUUCGCCACGCUCUCGCUGCACGACCGCAAAGAGCGGCACCCCGACAAAGACCACAAGCGCAACCACAGCAUGGGCCACAUCAGCAGCAAGAGCAGCGACAAGCUCAACCUGCUGACCAAAACCAAAACAGACCCCGCCAAGACUCUGGGCACGCAGCUGUGUCCACGCAUGGAGGACGUGCCGCUGCUCGAGCCGCUCAUCUGUAAAAAGAUCGCACACGAGAGACUGACCGUGCUCAUCUUUCUAGAGGACUGUAUCGUCACCGCGUGUCAGGAGGGGUUCAUCUGCACGUGGGCGAGACCCGGCAAAGUGGGUUUGUUGUCAUCCCAGAACCAAGCCAACUCUCCCAGUGGAACAGUAGUAUAGCCUCUAUUUCUGCUGCUAUGAGAUCCGUCUCCGCUCCGAGCUCCUUGUGUUCCUCUCUCCUGCUCUUUCUGUCGCUCCGGAGGCCCGUGUUCGCAGUGAAUCCGUGGAAAGACUGUACCGCAGCCGCGGGCUCCUUCCAUUUCUUCUGUUCUCACUGAGUAUUUAUUUAAUUGUUUUGUUGCUUUCACUCUCAAAUGCAUCUCUCUGUUAUUCUUUCCUGCUGUGUAUUUCGAGCUUGAGCCUGAGGUGUGGGUCUGAGAAACACCUGCUGGUCCAAACAUCAGCCCAGAUCCUUCAAACACACUUUCAUUUUCACCCUCCUUCUUAUGGAACUUUGCACUGAUUUUAUUUUUGUUUUUGAUUUUUUUUUUUUUUUGGUCACUACCAUAAAGGAUCAAAAAAGAAAGAGAGAGAUGUUUGGGGAAGGCCUUGAUGCACUUGGCUUUAAUAUCCUCUGUCUUGAAAUCUGAAUCUGAAAAGCUGGAUGCUGCAAUCAUAGUUUUUUAAAGAACAUUUGUUUGCACUUAAUAGUUUAUUAGAAGAGAAUGGCUUUACAUUUGUGUGCGAGGACUCACAGACCGUAUAAUGUGGAGAACUAUGAUUAAAACUUUGUAUCUAUUGAGCAUUUAUUUUAAUAUUGUUUCAGAUAAAAAUCUGCUUUGUAUUAUAUGUAUAAUAUUGUAAUUCAGUGAUUUAUUGGGGCAAAAGCAAAUGAUCAGUAACUCUAGUGAACGUUUGUCAUCAUUGCAGGAAAUAGUGACAUUUCUAAAGCAGAAAAAUAGACCUAAUAUUAAAAAUAAUCUUAAAUAUGCAGGUUUCUGUUUGUUUAGUUUGGUUUUCCUGUCUCUUGUACAGAAGUCCCCAGAUGUAUUUUGAUAUAGGAGAUGUAUGUAAGAGAAUGGCUCGUCUCUGGUCACAGAUUCACACACGUCUGACGCUCAGGAAGUCUAACAGACGCAGAGAAAACAAACCGCACAAAAGAGUUCAUAUUUUGCUUACCAACCGCAGACUUAUUCUAUGUACUACUAAACAACAGCCACUAGAGCGGCUCGUCAUCACUAGAAUCUGUGUGACACUAUUAGACGUUUAACGUACCCUUUUUUGUGACUACCAAUCACUGUCGAUGAAACACACACUAACCGGGAAAGACCAGGAUGUGGAAGUGCUCAUAUUUUUUGAUUCAUGUUGUUAACAUUUUGCAUUUCACAUUUUGUUCUUCAUUAAAGAAGUCCAUGUA